GGGGCGAAACGUCAUCUGAGAGCGCCAGGCUCCUGCGUAAAGGUAAUGGCACGCUGAGUCCCGAGGAUCCUGGCUGCGCCCAUGGCCCUGUGCGCGCUGACCCGCUCUCUGGGUUCCCUGAGCCUGGCGCCGCCGGCCGUUACCGCCCGGGUCCCGACUCUGCUCCCUACUGUCCAGGUACUGAGCAGUGCCCUCCUUCAACUGCCCUCUGCCUUGGUAUUGCCUCUUCACCGCCCAGUGCAUACUUCUCUGAACCUUAGUGCCAAGUUUGUGUCCUGGAAGAGUCAUACCAAGUACACCAUUAGACCAGUGAAGAUGAGGAAGUCUGGGGGUCGAGACCACACAGGCCACAUCCGAGUGCAUGGUAUUGGUGGGGGCCACAAGCAGCGUUAUCGAAUGAUUGACUUUCUACGUUUCCGGCCGGAGGAAGAGACCAAUCCAGGACCCUUUGAGGAGAAAGUUGUCCUAGUCCGCUAUGAUCCUUGCAGGUCGGCAGACAUCGCUCUGGUUGCCGGGGGCAGUCGGAAACGCUGGAUCAUUGCCACAGAAAACAUGCAGGCGGGAAAUAUAAUCCUGAACUCUAACCAUAUAGGCAGAAUGGCAGUUGCUGCUCAGGAAGGGGAUGCACAUCCUCUUGGGGCUCUGCCCGUGGGGACCCUUAUCAACAAUGUGGAAAGUGAGCCAGGCCGAGGAGCCCAGUAUAUCCGAGCCGCAGGGACAUGUGGUGUGCUGCUGAGGAAGGUGAAUGGGACGGCCAUUAUCCAGCUGCCCUCUAAGAGGCAAAUGCAGGUGCUAGAUACGUGCAUCGCGACAGUAGGCCGAGUGUCCAACGUUGAUCAUAACCAGCGGGUCAUCGGCAAGGCAGGACGGAACCGAUGGCUGGGCAAGAGGCCUAACAGCGGGCUGUGGCAACGCAAGGGCGGUUGGGCCGGCCGCAAGAUUCGGCCACUGCCUCCUAUGAAGAGUUACGUGAAGCUGCCCUCGGCCGCUGCCCAAAACUGAUAUCCCUGGACGCUAAUAAAAUGCCCCUCAUUUUUA